AGUUCCAUUAUACAGACAUACCGAGCUGGGGAAGUGGAAGAAGGCUCACUGGCAUUAUCAACUUACUUAGACGACUACUUCCGGUGGAUUCAAGAUUGUGGGGAUCUAGGUAGACCAAGAGUAAGAGCACCUCCUCCGCUAUGAGUUCAUUUGGCCCGGGUGCCCUCCCAGCCACAAAGCCUAUCCCGCCGCAACGCGGAAGUUUUCCUCUCGACCAUGAUGGCGAGUGUCGGCAUGUAAUGACCAACUACCUCAAAUGCAUCAAGAGAGUAAAGGGAGUCAAUGAAGAUGAAUGUCGCGAUUUGGCCAAGUCUUACUUGGCUUGCCGUAUGGAAAGAAACCUGAUGGCGAAAGAUGAUUUCAAAAACUUGGGCUUCAAGGACCUUUCGGCCAAUGAGACGGGCGAGGCAGGCGAGGCAGAAAAGGGGGUGAAAGGCGAGUCAAACAGGUGACCCCUUGGGGGAGGGAGGAGGUUAAUAUGAAGUUGACCAGCCAGGCUUCAGUCUAUGUAUAAGCAGCUUCGGCCUAUAACCACCUAUAACAUCCACCGCGCCGUGCAGGCUUCAGAAGCCUUUCACAUGCUCCAUGAGCGAUGUACAUAGGACUGUUCUAAAAUAUUUACAUGCCCAGCCGUUUCGGUACAAGUUUCCGAAAUCGCAUCG